AUGUACCGCUAUCCCGACGCGAGCGGCUACGACACUCCCACCGCUUCUCCCUCACCAUCCCCUCCUCCCGCCCGCUCCCCCUCAAAACCCCACGAGCUUCUCUUCCUCGGCACAGCUUGCUCCUCCGCUUUGCCCAACAUCGUUUGUACGACAGACCCCGUCAACGGCUGCGACGCAUGCCUCGAUACGGUCGGGAAUCCGGGGAGUAAGAACAUUCGCGGGAACACGGGUUGUGUCUUGAGGGUGCCGCGUGGAGAGGGACAGGAGGAGCUGACCAUCCUCAUCGACUGCGGCAAGACGUUCCGCGAGCAGGCGCUCAAGUUCUUCCCCCAGCACGGGCUGCGCAAGAUCGACGCAUGUAUCCUCACUCACCACCACGCCGACGCGAUUGACGGCCUCGACGACCUCCGCAUAUGGACCUACGACUCUGCCAUCGAGCGGACCAUCCCGAUCUACUGCACGCGCACAACCUACGACCAAAUCGCCUCCUCCUUCACCUACAUGGUCUCGAAAGCGGCCGCCUCGGGCUCAGGCGCCCUCCCCUCGUUCGACUGGCACAUCAUGCGCGAGGACGAGGAAUGGGACGUCUGUGGCGUCAAGAUUGUGCCCGUGCCCGUCGAGCAUGGACACUAUUUCGACCACAAGAAGGGUCCACAGCGGCCGCUCAUCGCGCUCGGGUUUCUGAUCGACUCGACGGUGUUGUACCUGUCCGACGUCAGCCGGGUCCCCGCAGCGCAAAUCGCCCGGCUCGCCACCUACGUCUCCCUCCCCUCCUCCUCUUUCACCCCCUCCUCUCGCCUCCUCCCACCCCUCGACACCCUAAUAAUCGAUACCUGCUCCCUCUUCUCCCCCCACCCGCGCUCACACUUCACGCUCGCCCAAUCGCUCGCGCUCUCUGCCCGCUUGGGAGCGAGGAAGACCUACCUCACCGACCUCCCGCACGGGAUCUCACACGCUGCGUGGGUUGAAUGGGCUACCGAGUUCUCUUCCCACGGAGCAGGUCCAGCGCUGAGCGAGCCCGAGACGGACGCCCUCCUCUCCCUCUCGGAGAAAGACCCCUCUCCCCGCUCCUUCACGCGCGCCGCAAACGCUUUCGUCGCCUCCUACGCAGCAGAGACAGGUGAAGAAGCGGUAGCGGAGGGAAGGUGGGUGAGGCCGGCGUUCGAUGGGCUGGUUUUGAGCUGGGAUGGGCAGCGAGGGGGGAGGGUUUGCGAUAGUACGUACGAGUAG